AUGGCUUUGAUCUCCGUUGUCCUGGUGCUUUCCUCUUGCGGAUUCAUCAACGGCUUCAAUGACUUUCCAUCGCUUAUGACUGCCAAUGCUACUAUGGUGAUCGUCAUUGAGAAAACAUUCUACGAGAGAAAAAUCCUGAUAAAGGAAACACCAGCUCUAACUCGUGAAGCUUAUGAGAAGAGCAUUGCUUCAUUCGCCAGUGCUGUCACCAAAAUAUCGAGAGAGCGAAUGAAUAUCAGUGGAUUAUAUAUUCAUCUGGCUUCGAAUAUCGGAGUGAAUUUAGCGAGGGAUUAUACAAUACUUCUGUCGGUGGCGACUUGUCCCUCCACGUGGGAAUUAUUCAGUAAAGCCAAAAAAGAAAAAUUGGUGCAUUUAGCAAUUACUGAUCUAGAUUGUCCCCGGCUGCCUCCAGAGGAAGGGAUCAGUGUUCCACUCAUAGACCCCGGAGAAGAGCUUCCUCAAAUAUUUUAUGACAUGAGAAUAGCCCAUGGUCUAACCUGGAGACGAGCCAAUCUGCUAUUCGACGAGAGUUUCGGACAGGACUCGAUCGGGAAAGUGGUCCAAGCCUUCUGCAACGAGCUACCAAACUCUGACCUCGGUUUAGCAUCGAGCAGUCUUUAUUUCAUGAAACGAGGAAAAUCCGAAACUUCUACAAAGCGGAUAAUUAUGGAUAUCCUCGGAGCUUUCCCUCCUAGACAACCCAUUGAUGACAGAUUCAUCGUUGUAGCCGCUCAUGACAUUAUUCCAUUAAUCCUGGAUGCGGCCAGAUCAUUGAAGAUGCUCAACACAGGCAGCCAAUGGCUCUUUGUUGUGCCAGACAUGGCUCAGUACACCUCUGGGAACGUGACUUACUUGGUUGAAUUACUCGGAGAAGGUGAAAACGUCGCUUUCUUGUAUAAUGACACUAAUUUGAAUAUUCAAAGCGAUCAAUCCUGUCGAACAGGCGCUACCUGUCACGCUCGAGAGAUGAUCGGUGCCCUGGGGAUUGCCCUGGAAAGAUCAUUAUCAAUGGAGAUUGAGCUCUACGAUCGUGUGACAGAGGAAGAGUUCGAGGAAGCUGGCCUCACUAAAAUAGUCAGGAGUCGAAACAUCAUUAAAUAUCUUCGAAAUGAACUUUACAAUGAUACGAAAGCCGGUGGUCGCGGUAGUACCUGCAGCCGAUGUAUAAAGUGGUCCGUGGUUUCAGCCUUGACCUGGGGUAAUCAGAUUGGCUCCGGGGCUGAUAUUGAGCCUCACACACUAUUGGAGACCGGUGUGUGGACACCUGAUCCCGGUUACGAGUCAAAGGACUAUAUAUUCCCACAUGCAAUUCACGGCUUUCGGGGCAAGACUCUACCUGUGGCAACAUAUCACAAUCCACCAUGGCAGUUUGAAAUGGCGAGAACUGAUGGGAUUACGAGUAAAUGGGAUGGAUUUAUCUUCGAUGUUUUUCAUGAACUGUCUAAAACCCUCAAUUUCACGUAUAAAAUUUUUGUGGUUGAAGCUCCACCUGAGAUUAUUCUAGCAAAAAGUAAUCCCCUGAAAGCUUCCAUGUCGGCAGCAGAAAAAACACCGGAAAAAGUGACGGAAUUGGUGCGAUCAAAGUCUGUCUUCAUAGCAGCAUGCGCUUAUACAGUUGGAAUUCAUCGAAAAGAUCCGACAAUAAAUUUUACACAUCCUUUGACUGUUCAAACAUACGGACUACUAGCUCCCAAACCCCAACCAUUAUCCAGAGCACUUUUGUUCGCUUCUCCAUACACCUCUGAGUCAUGGGCUCUUUUGGUCACAGCAAUAAUAAUAGUUGGACCGGUAUUGUACCUCGUUCACACAUUCAGUCCCAGAACGAUCGACGAAGCUGUUAAGAAUCCUCACGAGCCCCUCUACGUCGGCCUGAGUUCACCAGCAAGAUGUACCUGGUACAUUUACGGUGCCCUUCUUCAACAGGGUGGCAUGAACCUCCCCAAGACCGAUGGGGCUCGACUGGUCGUUGGCACCUGGUGGCUCGUUGUGAUGGUGGUCGUUGCCACCUACUCCGGGAGUCUCGUGGCAUUUCUCACGUUCCCAAAGAUGGAGUCAUCGAUAGAUAACGUCGACGAUCUCAUCGAGCGUCGAGCUGAACUCACCUGGAGUCUUCCAGAGGGGAGUUUCCUCCAGGACUUCCUUGACGUCAGCUUGGAAGAGGGUCUCCUCGAUUACCGAAGACUUCUCAAGGAAAACGAACCACAUGCGCGAACUCAUGACACCGUAAGCUAUCGGGACAAUAUCGAGAACAUCAAGGAUCGCAGGCAUGUGGUGAUUGAUUGGACGACUUCGCUGAUGAUUUCCGGAAGAAACGACUACAUCGAGACUGGCUGCUGCUCUUUCUCCCUCGGGACUAAUGUCUUGUUCCUCGAGGAACCUAUUUCUAUGGUAGUAUCCUCGGACAGUCCUUAUCUCGAUCUUAUCAAUGUUCAAUUGCAAAGAAUGCACGAGUCAGGAUUAAUGGACAAGUGGAUCGCGAACAGAUUUCCAACGCGUGACAGCUGUUCGGACAGCCUAAUGGGUGGUUUCGAAGCAGCUAAUCAUAAAGUCGACCUCAAGGACAUGCAGGGGAUCUUCUUCGUCCUCAUCCUGGGAUACAUCGCAAGCGGAUUGAUUCUCGGUUACGAAUUUGUCCGUCAUCACCGUCAACUCGCCAAGGAGCGAAAACUAAUUCAACCGUUCGUCGAAUAG